GUUUACCAAACAUAAAAUAUCGCUGUAUUCAUGCCGUUGUUAUGGUUAUUAAAAUCACUUAUACUUAAAUUACAACAUCUCCUUACCAUUACAAAACUUCCUUGUUUAAAUAUGUUAAGAUAUUUUAAUAGAGGAUCACAAUAAAUUAAGUAAUAUGGAUGGGUUAAUUCUUUCGUUAACGCUGUUUAUCGCUAUUGUAUGGGGCAAAAAAGGCAAAAGAGGAAAUAAUAAGGAGUGCAAAGAGAGAGUUUCAGGAAAUAAGGAAUGCACUUCGACAAAAACGUCAUCGACUACAGUUUCUUCUGAAACUCUGCCUUCAGUUUCGUCAACAGAAUAUUCUGCCAUAAACCCUACGACUACCGUAACGGAGUCGAAAGUAGUCCCGCCUAUGACUGUGACAGAAACAACUGAAAGAACUAGUGUGACUGCCCCGCAAGUUCCACAGAAAGAAUCGGAGAUAAACGCUGUAUACAUUGCUGCUCCAGUUGCCUCUUGUCUUGUUGUUUUGAUGGUGCUUCUUUUAUUUCUUUGGUGGCGACAUAAUAAAUGUAAUCUCUCUGGUACGCUGCACACACUUAGGAAACGAGAGCCGGGUGCAUUGAUUACAAAUAAGACAUACAAAGCAAGCGGUAUAGAUCAACAUAGGUUCAUGGAUGAUAUACGUCAGUCUGAAGUUAAUGAGUAUGCAGAAAUAUCUUUAGAUAACAUGAAUACUGACAAUUCCAUGGGAGAUGAUUAUCAAGAAAUAAAGGAAACAAAUGAUGAUAAAACUGACAGAAACAAAUCGUAUGCACAUAUUAAGCUAUCAGAUAGGGACUUCGUUGAUACGAAUGAUACGAACUACUCUCAUAUAGAUAUUGGAAAGGGGGCAAAUAGCAUACAAUUCGAUAAAACAUACGCACAAACAAACGCAGUUGAUGCGUCAAAUAAACCUGAAAUGAGCUGGAAGGAUAAUUUCAAGACAUACAACAAGUUGAACACUGUGAUUCUGACAAAGAAUAGAGUCCAAGACGGCGAAGACACUGACACAGAGUAUAACCAUGCUCAUUCUGGAGGUCAAGAUCCCAAAUAUGAAGAGAACAAUUAUUCGCAUCUGGCUUGUGAAGCUACUUCGAAGUCGGCAUCACAAGAAUCUGAAGAAUCUGCUGAUAGUAACAAAUACGAAGACAGAAACAAAACCAGUGCAAUAAACAUUACUCAGCUAUCCAAAGGCACUUGUCUAGAUACAGAUUAUGAAUUUACAAAAAAUAAUGGCGAUCUUGGUAGUAGUGGAGUGUCUGAAUUUGCGAAGGAAACACACAAGAUAUCUGAUGGAACAACGCAUGACUAUUUCAUCUUAGCGCCGGACCCAGCAGUAGAUAUGAAAUCCUUUCAUGUUGUUGAAGAUGAACUCGGUAAAAAGGAACAUGAAAACCACGAAGAAAUGAAUCAUGAUUAUUUCGUAUUGGAGAAAACUGAAGAAAACUGAUGCAUUAACUCAUUAAAUAAAAGUUUUAUAUUGUCUGCUUAACAGAAUUAUAAUCUAGAUUAAUGUGGAAUAAAAUAGGGUCUCGUUUAAGCAUAAAAGUGUUCAUUGACAUUAAUCUGGUGUGCUUAAUGAACUAUACUGUAUAGGUCAACAUUUAAGCAACUUUAUCAUAAUUAAAUUUAUAUUCUUAUAGAAUACACGCAUUUAAAGCCUGGUUAUUCAAUCAUAAGACAUUACUUGUAUAUAACGAAUUUAUCACUUUACGGAUUUUAUUGUCAUAUUUAAAACGAAAUAAAAGUAGUGUUAUUUGUAAAUAAAAUUAAUCACCAUCAGCACAAGUGUGUAA